AUGCGGUCAACAUUCUCCGCAGGCACAUUGAGGCAGCUUGUCUCGCGCCCAGUCACUCGUUCGCGAGCUGCGAACAUUCACGGCGCCCGAUUUUCAUCCUCCAAUGCUGGAGCCGAUGCUGCUCAAAAGAAGGCUCAAGACGCGCUGAGCAGCGCUCAAAAGAAUGCGGAAAAGCUCUGGGAGUCGACCAAGACGUUCUUGGAGCCAGUCACUGCGAAAGCCGGUCAGAUGCUUGGUUCGUAUAAACAGCCGCUCGUUUACAACUUCUCUGUCGCACGGGAACUUGUGAAGCAAGUUUACCAUGCCGAAGGCUUGCGACCUCCCACAUCCACCGCCACCCUCAAAAGCGCUUACUCAACACUUUGGUCGCGUGCAUCGAGCCCGGCUUACUGGCGGACUAUUGCAAGCAAUGGGGAGAUUGCGCGGGUGGGAAUCUAUGCAGCAGAGGCCUAUACGAUCUUCAAAGUUGGGGAGAUUAUUGGCCGACGAAGUCUUGUCGGGUACAACUUGGAUUAG